AUGAGCGAUCAAGCGGCGUUACCAAAUUUAAAUGCAGAUUGGGUAAAUGCAAAAGGUGCUUGGACGAUACACAUAGUGCUGAUUGCAUGCCUUAAGAUUCUCUUCGACAUAAUCCCAGGAGUUUCACAGGAAACGUCAUGGACGUUAACCAAUAUUUCGUACAUGUUCGGAUCGUUUCUCAUGUUUCACUGGGUUCGAGGAGUGCCAUUCGAGUUUAACGCCGGGGCAUAUGACAAUUUGAAUAUGUGGGAGCAAAUCGAUAAUGGCGCACAAUACACGCCAGCGAAGAAAUUUCUGUUGAGCGUUCCGAUUGUGUUGUUCUUGUUGAGCACACACUACACCCAUUACGAUUUGACAUAUUUCACGAUAAACUUUAUGGCUGUUCUGGGAGUGGUGAUACCCAAAUUACCUGUGAGCCACAGGACUAGGGUGGGUUUAUUUUCGGGGGCACCGGAAGAUAGGUAG